CCCCGCCUUUGGGCGGGGGUGGGAAUCUGGUAGAUGCUCACGUGAGGGGACUUGCGGGAAUGUAGGCCAGCAAGGGAGGGGGAAGAGCACCUUGUUGUCCCUCCCAGGCUGCCCAAGCCCCACUGAGAAUGGGUGAGAAAGAAGAGGACACUGAGGAAGCCUGGCUACAGCUGCGGCCUGUGGAGCCCUUGCCUUCCCAGUGCUGUGGCAGUGGCUGCUCACCCUGUGUGUUUGACCUCUACCACCAAGAUCUGGCAAGGUGGGAGGCAGCCCGAGCCAGCAACGACAGGAGCCUUUUGAGUGGGAAGCAGUUACAGAGCUGCCCCUCCAAGCUGAGCCCAGAGACCUUCCUGGCCUUCCGCAUCAGUGCCCUGGACAAACUCACUAAGGACACCUACCAUGUUCGAUUUGCUCUACCUGGAAACAGCCAACUCAGCCUGCACCCUGGGCAGCACCUCAUCCUACGAGGGAUAGUAGAUGACUUGGAAAUUCAGAGAGCCUACACGCCCAUCAGCCCUGCCAAUGCAAAAGGAUACUUUGAAGUUUUAAUCAAGUGCUAUCAGACAGGGCUGAUGUCCCGGUGUAUCAAGUCCUGGAGAGUGGGAGACACAGCUUUUUGGCGAGGACCUUUUGGAAACUUCUUCUAUAAACCAAAUCAGUAUGGUGAGCUCCUCAUGCUGGCUGCAGGCACAGGUCUGGCUCCCAUGGUGCCCAUCCUGCAGAGCAUCACUGACAAUGCAGAUGAUGAGACCUUCGUCACCCUGGUCUGCUGCUUCAAGACCUUUGAGAGCAUCUAUCUGAAAACCUUCCUCCAGGAGCAGGCCCAUUUCUGGAAUGUCCGCACCUUCUUCAUACUCAGCCAGGAGAAGUCCCCAGAGCAGCUUCCCUGGAGUUACCGAGAGAAGACCCACUUUGGUCACCUGGACCAGGACCUGAUUGAAGAGCUGGUUAGUCGAUGUCGGAGAAAGCCAUUUGCCUUGGUCUGUGGCUCCCCCAAGUUUACCGAGGACAUGGCCAAGUACUUGCUGUGUGCAGGCCUGACUAAGGACUCCUACUUUCUCUUCUAGCCAGAUCUCCUUUCCAAAGCCCGACCAAGGACCUGUUGCAGGGACAUGGGAAGAAUCUCAGACUAGAAUCAGAAGUCAUGGCAUCCAGGCAUGGCCCUGCUGCUCACUUGCCAUGUAACCUUAGGCAAAUGUCUUCAUCUCUUAGGAUUUCUGUUUCUACACUAUAGGGUUAAGCAUUUCCUCCUGGCAUCCUGCUGUGUGGGAGCCCUGAUUGGUAAGCAUCCAGCCUUAGAGUCAGGGGGACUCCUCCAAGGAAGCCAAGUCUAGGAUAAGUAGCAGUUGGGCAGGAGAAGUGGGGAGCUGCCCUGGUCCUUCCAAUUAGAAGGCCCUUUAGGAGCUCCAACAAUGGUGUUCAUGCCAGCUCAGAACCCUAGGUUUAAACUCUCUAAACCUUCUGUGUUUAGAGAAUGACCCCAGCCGAAGCUAAAUGCUCUCUGGACAAGGACCAUAGUUUAUGUACCUUGUGCACUGAAGGCCUUGGAUUCUGACUUGCCAGCAUUCUUGGAGCAAGGCAUUGCCCUGGAUGACCUCUGUAUUGGCUCCAAACAUGUCCCACUGCAAGCAGCUUUGCACUCAAUCUCCUUUCUCUGGCUCUAGAGCCUGGCCAGCCCAGAGCCCUUUCUGUAGCUUAAGAGGAGGCCUGGAGGCAGACACCUUCCCUCUUCCCGCAGGUGGCUGGCUCAGCCUGUGCCUUCAGCUGGGUGCCCUGGUUACGGUUGCUAAGGAGAUCUAAAGAUAGAGCAGGAGACCUGGGUCCCUCUCUCAGCUCUGCCCACAGUGGUUGCUGAUCCAGUUCCCCCAGCCCUCCCCAUCCCACUCCCUCCAUCCUGCAGAGGGCGUGCCCUCUCCAGGGAGCCUGGUGCCCCUGGGCAGUGCACUGCACUUAAUAUAAUUCUGCUUUUUUCAGCCUGGGUUCCAGUGUGCUGCAUCAGCACUGGCUGGCUACGGGCCAUCCCCAAAAUUGGAAUACUAAGCAGUGGAAUCUUAGCCAUGGGACAUUAAGAGCUAGGUUUUUGCAGUCAUAAAUUUCUGGUCCUCAUAUCACAGCUGAAAGUAUAGGAUGGUAGAAAACAUCUAGUCCAACAGAGUGAUAUAAAUGGGGAAGUCAAGGCCCAGUAAGGCCAAAUGACUUGCCCAAGGUGAAAGAGUUAACAGGAGAGCUGGCACCACACGUUUCCUUAUUUCAACCCUGUGCUCAUAGUUCUCCACCAGUGGUUUUCAAAAUGGGCUCCACAGGGCUCUUGCAUGGAUGACAGCAGUGAAAAGAUGGCCAGAGGGAUCUCCAGGCCCCACUUCAGCCAGAAGAGUUCUAUUUUUAUCCUAUUUGUAUACUGGGGUGUGGAGUAAUUUUGUCAGAAAGGAUUUUCCUGUUCCCCCCCAAAAAAAGUUACAACAAAUGUGCUGUGUCAUGUUCACGAAAUAGUCAUGAUAAGCAACAGAAGGACAUGCAAAAGGUUCACACUGUUCUACAGGAAGGGAUUCUGUGCUAGAUGGAGGAAGGGUUGCUGGAUGUGACCUCCAAGACCAUACGCAUGUGAGCAUAUUAAAGGCUUUGAGAAGACUACAGGUUUCAAUUGGUUUAACUCAGAGUUUUUCAGGCAUUUUCCUCUAGAACACUUCUAUAGGGCCAGGCUCUCUCCAGCACAGUGCAAUGAAAGGAAAAGGCCCUGAUAGAGCUCCCAAGUAGGGACUGUUGAUCUCCUGCUUGACUUGUGCCUGGGGCAAGACACUUUCCCUCCUUCAGGGCCCCUAUAACCUCCUGCCAGUGUCCUUGUCCUGCCCUCUGCCAGUACAUCCUGUGGACUCUACUUGAAGGGUUUUUAGAGGCAAUUAUGAGCCUGACUCUGUUCUAGAUACUUAGGAAACAACAGUGGGCAAGUGCUGCCUUUCUGUCAAGGAGCUCCAGCCUAGCCAGGAAGGCAGGGGUUAAACUUGUAGAUCUGAAAAAAUGGAGUGUGGAGUAGGACUAGAAAUAAGCUAGUUCUAGGGCUUUACCUAACCUAGGGAAGGCCAGGGACAUGCCACUGUGCCCCUGUGGAUGGAGAGUACACUCACUCAUAACUAGGGGUGGAGUGGGGGUCCUCACUUAGAGAGUAAAGGUCUGGGUCAGUUCCUUCAUAUUUUUCUUUGUGCCAUUUUAGAGAUUUAAUAUUUAGGUAUUAGACAAGGUCACCUCAUGGUUAACAGCCCCUCUUGUCCUAGAGUGGUCAUCCUUCCCCUCCCUCCACAUAGAGUCUGUGUAGUCUGGCUGCUGGCAGGAUCACUUGUCAGGGACAUUGGUGAGGACCUAGCCAUGCCUUUGGUGCCAAGAUCAAAAGGACUCCUAUCAUCAGAUACUUGAGAGCUUGUGUCUGGGUGUUGUGCCUUGCAGGGUGCCUAGUGAGCCCCAGAAGAGGAGGAGUGGUUAAGAUGUGUGAAAACAGACCUCUUGGGAUUGGGGAUGAGACUCUGGGUAGCUGGUCCAUCCCUCCCAUCUCCUGCUGGUGCCUUAUGUAAGCCAUAGGGGAAGUGCUGUGGGUGGUGGCCACUGUGUGAUAUUGCAGUGGAAGAAGGAGACUUAGGAGCUGGACAUGACCAAAAGGUAUCAGGAAAUCAACAAAGUGACAAUAGUUCUAUGAUCAGAUAGGUCUUGGACUUAUUCUAGGCCCAGGCUGUCCCCUUUGGGCCCUGCUCUACACUAAUCAGACUGAUUUUCCUAACGUGCAAAUUAAUGCCUCUCACUGUCCUACUUAAAGUCUUUCCAUGGUUCCUUGUUACCUUCAGGACAUGGCAUCUCAGCUUUGCUCACCUCUCCAGACCUGUCCUGUGCUGCCACCUGCUCUGUGCCCACCUCUUAUACUCCAUACGUGUUCUCUGGUAUCAUUGCUCCCUUCACACUUGCUGCUCCCUUUGCCUGGCCAACCUCCUGAUUCCAGUCUCCCAUUCUCUUUUUUCACCUCCUUAUCCUCUGAGCUCCUGGUUCAAUGUCUCUUCUUUGGGAAUCCUUGCUGCCUCUUCCACCCCAGUCUGGAGCAGUGAACAGAGACUCUUGAGUUCUUCCAUUGCCACACCCAUCAGACUGAGCACAGCAAGGGCCCUGCAUAGCCCAGUCCACUGCUUCCCCAGCAGAGAGGGCACGCAGUACAUCCUGAAGAUCAAAUACUUGAGUGAUAAGCAAUAUUCAUGGAGCAAGUGACAGGUGGCAGAAUGCUUUUCAUAUUCAUUGAAGCACAGAAUCUUAACAAAUAUUUAUGCUAUUUUAUUACCCCAAUUUACAGAUGAAGAAACUAAGCUUCCAAGUCAUUGAGUGAUUCUCCAAGGUCAUGUAGGCAACACAAGUUCCUGAUUGUUGUAAAGGUUAUAUAUGACACAUGAAUGCACCUGGAGAUGUGUAUAAAAAUUUUUAUUGCUGCACUGUUCAAAACAGCAAAAACUAAAAAUUGUAUGUCCAUGAAGAAGAGAAAAA